UGUUUUUUUUCUUCAAUCCAAUCGGAUUGACCUUCGAUUCCAGUCCUGAGGCUUUGCGAUGAUGGGCGGUGGUCCAUGCAUCAUGCUGCUGCUGCUGCGUACCACAUGCGCCCAGUCCCAGUCCACGCACAAGAGGCCUACAGCUACAUCCCAGUCGAAUCCAGAGCUUUGACGGGAAAGAAGAUGGAAAGCGAAAACAACUGGAUGACACAUAAAAGUACUGCUUUUCUUGCCUUUCUUCCUCUCUCUCUCUCUGCACUGAUAAAAAUCUCGCUUUUUCCCCUAAUUCUUCUCUGCUUUGCAGCUUGCAGGUUACGUUGAUUGAUCUUGGAUCGAUUUGUGCAGCUGAUUCUUCGGGCUCCUAUCGUCAGUCGUCAGAGCCAGUUCUUGGUCAAAGAAUCGAUCUUUGUUUAUUCGUCCUCGGCUUCGAUUGGCAAUGUGCGUUGCUCGGACGAGGGUAAGUGAAAGAGGAGAAAGUGAAUGCGUUUUUAACCGGAGCAAAAUGUAUUAGGGUUCCUUGGGUGACCGCCUCGCCGGCGAACGAUGGCAACCGACGUACGGCCACGAGAUCCGAGCAUUCAGUCUCCCAUGGUCCCCCUCGCAACCCUCAUCGGCCUGGAGAUCCGAGGCGGCAAGUCUGAGAAGCCCUCCAUUAAGUACGGCAACGCCGCCUUCGCUAAGAGGGGCGAAGAUUACUUCCUUGUGAGGCCCGACUGCUUCCGGGUUCCAGGCGACGCCACCUCCUUGUUCUCGGUCUUCGCGAUCUUUGAUGGGCACAAUGGAGCUUCAGCUGCUGUAUUCGCAAAAGAACACCUUUUGGACCACGUCAUGAGCGUAAUUCCACAGGGAAUUAGUAGAGAAGAGUGGCUUGAAGCCCUUCCCCGGGCGCUUGUCGCUGGUUUUGUUAAGGCAGACACCGAUUUCCAGCGAAAAGGGGAGACUUCCGGGACGACAGCAACACUCGUUGUCAUUGACGGUUGGACUGUGACAGUUGCAUCUGUUGGCGAUUCGCGCUGCAUACUAGACUCACAGGAUGGCGUAGUUUCGUUGCUUACAGUCGACCAUAGACUGGAAGAGAAUGUUGAGGAGAGAGAGCGUGUCACUGCUAGUGGUGGGGAGGUUGGAAGACUUAACCUUUGCGGAGGGAAAGAGGUUGGGCCACUUAGAUGCUGGCCUGGUGGGCUAUGCCUCUCCAGGUCAAUUGGAGAUACAGAUGUAGGCGAGUUCAUCGUCCCAAUUCCUCACGUGAAGCAAGUGAAGCUUUCUGCUGCUGGAGGACGGUUGAUAAUUGCUUCUGAUGGCAUAUGGGAUGCUCUUCCAUCUGAGCUAGCUGCCAAAGCUUGCCGAGGACUUCCUGCAGAACUUGCUGCAAAGCUUGUGGUGAAGGAAGCUUUGCGAAAAAGUGGCCUAAAAGAUGAUACAACUUGCCUAGUUGUUGAUAUAAUUCCACCAGAACAUACAUUUGUACAAUCUCCAACAAUAAAGCAGCAAAACAAAUUCAGAUCUCUUAUUUUCGGGAAGAAGUCAAAGAAUGGUGUUGGAAAACCUACCAAAUUGUCUUCUGUUGGAGCUGUGGAGGAGUUAUUUGAGGAGGGGUCGGCUAUGCUGGAAGAAAGACUGGGAAAAAAUUUCUCGCCGACGGAGGACUCAGGGACUCUUCGAUGUGCUAUCUGCCAGACAGAUCGAGUGUUGGAUGAUGAUCUAUUAAUCGAUUCCAGCGAUUCAUUUUCUGCAACAUCGAAAGCAUGGGAGGGUCCCUACCUUUGCCAUGAUUGCCGGAGAAAGAAAGAUGCCAUGGAGGGAAAACGGCCUCGCGAAUCGACGAUGUCCAGGUGAAAUACAAUGUGCAGCUAAAUUAAUCUAGUAGUAAAUGUAAAAUGAGUAAUGCGAAUAAUAAACUGUCAGGCUGAUGCUCCUCCAAGUUCAUCGUCUAAUUGUUGUUUGAUGGAUGUAAAAUGUGUGAUAUCUUAGAUUAUGUAGCUUUGAAGACUAACCGAUUCCCGCGUUUGUAUGAACCAGUAUCGAUGCAAUCCUAGUAUUUCCAAGAAAA